UGUCCCAUUUGAGGCUACUCACAUAAAACCAGCAGAGCUCUUUGUUUACAGCAGAAAGAAGUUGACCUCGACAGUGUAACUUUCUGUUAAGUAUCCCAAACUAGCAGUCAUGGUUGCUAUGGCGAAGCGAGUGAAAACCUUUCACAUUCAAUUUACGGACCCCAGCAAGACAUUUUACUGCGGGGGGGAGAAGGUGUCUGGACGGGUCUCAGUGGAAGUAAACGAGGUGACCCGGGUGUCCGCGGUGAAGCUCCUGGCUCUGGGCUCCGCUAAAGUGGAGUACGCUAAAGGCAAGCAGCGGUGCCGACAGGCGGCCGAAUACCUCCGACAUGAAGAGGUGCUGCUGCUGGACGAACAGCCCUCAGACUCUGAUGGAUCAGUCGUCCUGAGGCCUGGCAACAAAUAUGAGUACAUGUUUGGAUUUGAGCUCCCCCAGCAAGGGCAGCUGGUGUCGUCAUACAAGGGGAAGUUUGGCUAUGUGCAGUACUAUGUGAAGGCCAUGAUGGAGAGGUCACAGCAGCCCACCAUGGAGUGUAAGAAAGCCUUCGAGGUGGAGGAGCCCCUGGAUGUCAACACCCCUGACCUCCUGUCCCCCACAGGAGGCAGCAAGGAGAAGAAGGUCACCUGCAUGUUCAUCCCUGACGGCCAGGUGUCUCUGAAUGCAAAAAUCGACCGGCGUGGCUUCUGUGAAGGCGAAGACAUCUGCAUCAACGCUAAGUUUGAGAACACCUGCUCCCGCAUCGUGGUGCCCAAGGCCGCCAUCAUCGCCAAACACACCUACCAGGCCAACGGGCGCACCAAGGUCUGCCGCCAGAAGCUGUCCGCAGUCCGGGGAAACCACAUCAUCUCCGGGAUGUGCGACGCCUGGCAGGGGAAGACCAUCCGGGUGCCCAAGAUCAAGCCCUCUAUGCUGGGCUGCAACAUCAUCCGUGUGGAGUACGCUCUCACGAUCUACAUCCACAUCCCUGGGAGUGAGAAGCUGCUCCUGGAGCUGCCCCUGGUGAUCGGGACCGCGGGGCUGGGCAGCCGCAGCAACAGUGUGAGCAGCCAGGAGGGCUCGGUGAGCUCCGCCUCCCAGAGCUGGGUCUCCCUCAGGAUGCCCUCCUCACCCCCCAGCUACUGCGACAUCUCCCGGGACUGCCGGCUGGACCAGCCCCUCACCCCGCUGCUGGACGACUUCGACGGGGACGACAGCCCCAUCUUCAUGAACCCCCCCCCCACCUUCCAGUUCCCCUCGCCUCCGGCCUACACUGAGGCUGAGGAGGUCAACGGCAACGCCCGCAUGCUGCCGGUCUGCUGAAGAGAUUCUCCUCCCGCGGUCCAGCUCUCAGGGACCGCUCAUCUAAAGCACUUGAAAAGGAGCAGAAGGUCCAAACUCCAGAGGAGGUGUGAGAGGGUGCACAGAAAGAGGCUCCUGCUGUCUUCACUGCGCUUCAUCACCAGCACGGACUCGUGUCUUCCUCCUGGUGCUCCUCAGGUCAAGGACCUGAAGGCGCACUACAUUUCUGAAUAAGCUGUCCCUUCCAGAGGCUCAGAAUUCUCAGGGUCUCGCUGUCCAUUCACAGCCACUUUAAGACUUUGUUUUGGGGCCAAGCAUUGUAUGAGUCGGCCCCCAGCCUGCUGUUACAUCUUUGCCUUUUUGGGGCUUCGCUUUUUUCUUCAUGGCGCUUUGUCAUUCCUGUAAAACCCUGUGUUUAAGGGCUUUCCCCAGAGGAACCAUGAUUUUGGCUGUAAGGGAAUAAUGCUGCUGUGAGCAUUACAGCAUGUGCAGUAAUCUUCCUGGGAUGCUAAUAGAACUUCAAGCAGCAUCCAUACUUUCUUUUGUACCAGUGUUUGAAAGAAUUGUUUGUUUCUAUUGCACUUUUUGAUCUAUCACUGCCUACUCCAGUUUCUGUUUGUUAUGGUCUGUUUGAACAGUGUUCGAUGUGUAGAGUGGAUAUUCUCUAGGUAAAACACUCUAAACCUGUUGACUCCUUAUCUUUUGAUGAUAUAAUCCCAGUUUGGUGGUUUUCUGCAAAGAGCCCAACAGGAUCCAUCCGACAUACAUGCUCCAAUACCGUGAAAUGCACCUUAUGUGACCAUUAUCAUGUUUCUGAUCCCACAACAACAUUUCACUGAGUCUCCGCUGUGGGAGUCCCACACCUUCAGGGCGUAAAGAGAAUCACUGUUAAAGACUGAUUUGAUGUAUCCUUGAUACUUAUAACAAGUAUUUUUGUAUGAAACCCUAUGGGUGAUUUUUUUGUAUUAAAGAAAGAUUGAAAAAUA